GUAUAAUAAUAUUAUCAUUAAUAUUAAAAUUAAACUAGUUAUUGCUCAUUUAAACAUGGGAACGUGGACAGUAUUGACAAGAGUUUAGAUACUGAUCUGUCCUCAGAUUUGUAGCAUAAAUGGAGGCGACUCAGUUUUGUGGCUACUCUCCCUAUAUCCCAGAGUAAUAGCUUUAACGCUUAAAGGAAUCCUUAGAGCUCAAUAACUUUUCUGUUCAGGAGAUGAAACAAGCCCCGUGUCAAUGGCAGGACCCCACAGAGGAAACAUCUGUUCUCCGAAAAACAUCAGUGCGCGCCUGACAUUUGCCAAAGAGCACCUUUACACUCCAAAACACUGCAGACUAAAGGUUUUGUGGACUGAUUGUUCUGGCUCCAUUGUUAGGGGAGGAACAACCUGUUCUUCAAAUGGCGUAAAAAAGGACUGUGUAGGCCAAUGUGAAAACAUCAUCCCAGAAGCGACGUUCUGGGGGCAUCGAGAUUUGAUGCUGCUCUCGUUGCUGAGAAUGACCAAGUUUAUCAAGUUGUCUUGAAAAGCAACUGUCCACCAGCAGAAUCUCAGUAGAAGUUUGGUGAUGCAGCAGGACGGUGACGCGAAGCAUCGCAGCAAAUCUACUACCAGGGUGAUUUUGGAACGAAGGACAUUUCGACUUAUGGAGUGGCCAAGUCAGAACCCAGUGCUUGGCCCGACAGAGAUGCUGAGGAAUGACCUCAAGGGAGCCGUUCACACCAGACAUCCUGAGAAUAUGUGUGAGCUCAAGUGGUUCUGUAAAAGAAAAUGAGUGUAAAUUACUUCCUGAACGUUGAACAGGUCUGAUCAGUCGCUACUGGACGAGCUUGUUUGAGGUUACUGCUGACAAAGGAGGUUCGAUGAGUUAUUAAAUACAAAAGUUUAGUGUUUAAAGGGUAUGUUCAAUAUAGACAAAAGUUUGUGUUGUUUUCAUCCUAAUACAUAAUCUAUAAUCUCUUCUGCAUCCAGUUUGAAAACUUGCCAGACAUGAAUUUCCGAUGAGCUUGCUUGUUUUCUGAUUGCAUAUUGUCUGCUUUCACAGUCUGCCCUCGGGGCGGUUACUGGAAAGCAUUCCCGAGCGUUCUGGGGAUGCGAUGUGUUCAUCUGAGGCGGAGACAGGCAUGACCAGCAGCUCCUGCCCAAGGCCAAAACGCUUUUCAUGAACUCUAAAGCAUUUAACCCCUGUGCAUUCUGAACAUCCUGUAAUCCCAUCGUCUUAACGUUCAAAAAUAAAUGAUCUCUAAAUUCUUAAAAUAAAGCAGCUAAAUUAAAAUGGAAGUUUUUACCUCCUCACAGUGCAGAAAAAAACUACAUGUAAUAAAUGGAAACACUUUGGCAACACAAGAAUAUAAGAAUAACAUAAGAUAAUACAUAGUAAUACAAAGCAAAAGCAUUAAGAAUUUAAAUCAGAUAACCAAUUAGCACUUGUAGGACAACACACGCUGUUUGCUUGACAGUCCCCCUCUGGGGCAAGUUCAAGAGUAAUGCCAAACUUUCAAUUGUUGAAACUGGGGAUAAUGAGGAAGAAUAUAUAUAAAGUCACACACACACACACACAGUUCUACUGGAGCACUGAACUAUUCAGUGAACAAAUCCUUUGAAUCUUUUUGAUGAACUGAUCCCAUUGAUUCCAGACAUUGAACACAUUGAAGACUUUGAACAACGCUGAAAUAUUGAACUCCUUCAUGCAGUUCAUAUAAUACACCAUUAUCCAAUUGUCUUCUUCUUCUCUCUUGAUGCAUACAGCAUGUAAUCUCUGUGACGUCAGAUUUCACAGAGCUGGACGACAUCUCGAAACGAGAGAUGCUCAUGGGAGAAGGACACAGAGCAAAUGUUGCUGCACAAUAUGUUUGAGCAUGCCACAAACUGAGGGACGGUGAAUGACUGACAGCUCUUUGAAUUGAAAACUGAAAAAUAGAAUAGAAUAGAAUUGAGAGAGAGAGAGAGAGGCCACGCCCACUGUUGCGCGUGCACCUGCUGCGCGCUCCAGGACUCACAAGUGGCCGAAGCGAGCGACGAGUCUCGGUCACAGAACAUGGCGAAGUUAAGCGACCAUGGGAUUCGUCUGAGUUCCGUGCGUAUAUUUAAUUCAACUUUCCAGAUGAGUCCUUCCUUCCUGCACAGCAACUCGACGAGUCACAUCUGGCCCUUCAGCGCCGUGGCGGAGUUAGUAGAUAACGCAUUAGAUCCUGGUGUAUCUGCUAAACAGAUCUGGAUAGAUGUAGUUGAAGAAGCCGGUCACCUCUGCCUCACGUUCGUUGAUAACGGCAGCGGUAUGACCCCCAACAAACUGCAUAAGAUGCUCAGCUUUGGUUUUACAGACAAGGGCUCGGGUAAAGCCAGUCAGCAGGCCAUCGGCCUGUAUGGGAAUGGUUUCAAGUCGGGCUCCAUGCGUCUGGGCCGUGACGCUCUCAUCUUCACCAAGAACGGCGGCUGCCAGACUGUGGGCAUGCUGUCUCAGACCUUCCUGGAAAACAUCAAGGCCCAGGCUGUCAUCGUCCCCAUCGUCCCCUUCAACCAACAAACCAAGUCGCUGCUGGUGACAGAGGACUCGGAGGCCAGCCUGGCAGCCAUCCUCAAGCACUCUAUCGUCAGCUCCCAGGAGCAGAUACACGCACACUUUGACUCCAUUCUCUCCAAAAAAGGCACCAAGAUAUUAAUCUGGAACAUCUGCAGGGACAAAGAUGGCAGGCUGGAGAUCGACUUUGACACCGACGUGAGUGACUUUCGUUUGCCUGAGAUUCACAUCGAGGAGCUGAAGAAGGGGCUUAGGGGCAGUGGAUCCCUGAGAGCCGAGCAGAACAUCCCUGACACGCACUACAGUCUCAGGGCCUACCUCAGUGUUUUAUACCUGAAGCCGAGGAUACAGAUCAUAGUGAGGGGGAAGAAGAUUAUUGCCAAACUGGUGUCCAAGAGUCUGACACACAUUGAGCAUGACGUGUACAAACCCAACUUCAGUAAAGAGAAGGUGAAAGUGACCUUUGGGCUGAAUCCAAAAAACAAAUAUCACUAUGGAAUCCUGAUGUACCACAAGAAUCGACUCAUUAAGGCCUAUGAGAAAGUAGGCUGCCAGCUGAAGGCUUCAGGUCAAAGAGCAGGAGUCGGCGUCAUCGGUAUCAUCGAAUGUGACUUUCUCAGACCGGCUCACAACAAGCAAGACUUUGUGUACACCAAAGAAUACAGACUCACCCUCGGUGCUUUGGGCCUAAAACUCAACGACUACUGGCAGGAGGUGACAAAGAAGAGGGCAAGAGAGCGCGAGUUCCAGGCCCUCGACUCUAGAGAAGAAAAUAAAGAUGAGCCUGCCGCUGAUGACGGUCCCGUGUGGCUACAGUGUGAAGAGUGUCUGAAGUGGCGGAGCGUCCCUGCAAAGCAUUAUGAUGUGGCUCCUGAAAGCUGGGACUGCAGCCGGAACCCCAAUCCACGUUACAGACGCUGCUCUGCACCAGAGGAAGCAGAAGAGAGCGGGGAGCUGCUCACACCCAGCUACCAGAAAAACCAAAAGAAACAAGAGCAUGCCAAAAGAAGAAAACGAGAAAGAUCACUGGAGGUGUGUGAGUCUCAGGACCAGCAAGCCAAACAUCAAAUCCUCUCGCGUAGUUCAUCAGAGCCUUUUCAUCCCACCUACCAGUCUGCACACACACCCGACCGAUGCCACAAAGAGGAAAACACACUUGAACGUGACCAGACACAAACAGAUCAUCACACAGACACACACACGAAUAACGAGGCACAGACACAAAACAGGAUGACGGCUGGAGUCCCACACACUCAACAGAAGCCUGACGCAAGAGAGACAGUCAUCGAAGACCAGAUGCAAAUCGGACAGGUGAGCGUGGAUAAAGAGGCAAAUUCCCAGAGCGGUGAAAGUGGAGAGACAGAUGAAAAGAAAGACACGCACAUGGAGCGAGAAGAGAGCACCGACACAUUAAGCCCUGGUCGUGAACAAACUGACCUCAAAAGCACAUCAGGAUUUUUAUUUAACUGUGAGAGAAAGAAGACUGACAUAGAGAACAUGGCGGACGAGAUGACUCCACAGAUACAAACACUUUCCUUGGAGAAGACCGAGCAGGACGGUAGCAGCGGCGUAUUGGAGAAACCAGGCGACGCAGCGCAGCAAACACCCACCAUCCUCACCUGGACCCCCUCACUCCCCCCCGCCCAGACCGUGCUUGUCUCCCCGCAGAGUCCAGCAGAGGGGCCGCAGGGCCGACUGCCUCUCAAUGUCAUGAACUGGGAGGCUGAAGUUCAGAAACUGGCUGGUUUGGAGGAGGCGGCUCAGGGGCUACGGAGGCUUCUAGGUCUAAAGACGUCUCAAGGCCCGAUGACAACUGCCGAUUGCGGCGCUGAAAAGCCCAAAGAAGUGGCAGCAGCUCGCAGAGAGGUCGGCUGCCAGACGGACAUGGCUGAGAGUCAGAGAGCUGAACGUGGACAGAGGGAGCAGCCCGAGCAGAACAGACCCAGGAUGGAGAAAACUGACACUCAGAGCCGGACAAGAGUCUCUGACAGCGAGGCCUAUGAAGGCAGCAGAUCAGCACAGGAGGAUCUGCGUGGUCUCCGUAACAACUUGGUGGUGCUUCUCACGGCCCUCCUGCCCCAACUAGAUCUGACUGACAUCAGCCUGGAGACCCCCGACGUGGACAACAUCCUGCAGCAGAUCCUAGAGGUCAACUCACUGAAACUGUGAUCAGUUUGGUUUUUUUUAAAUCCAACAGAUUUCUCUUUUUUUCAAUAACUAUAAAAAAUAUGCAGUAAUCUUUGCAUAGUUAUCCUUUAAUGUUCACUUGGAAAGUCAUGUCAUUCUCACAUUGUAGUCCUGGUACUGGUCCUUGUGGAUGAUCUCUCUGAUAUAAUAACUUUAUAUCCUAAAUAUAAGUAAUAAGUGCUGCAGUUUAUAGUUGCUCAGUGUGCCUCAAGCUACAUGUAGCUGUAAAAUAGCACUGCACCAAUACUGAUAUUAGUAUACAAUUCUUUGUAUACAAAUAUCUGUUAAAGAAAUACUAUACAUAUAUAUAUGGAGCUCCUCUUGCAUUUGUUCUCCCUCUGUUUUUAUAUGGUUUUCUAUUAAAUUAAGCUUAUUUUAUAUUAAUGCGAAUGUUCAUCUGAUGCUGUUUUUUAUAGAUUUGUUCACAUACUAUUUUAUAAACAAGACAAUUUACGUUUGCAUUAAAACACUGAAACCA